GGUGGAGGAGAGCUUUACGCAGUUCGAGAAUGGCAUCAACUGGCGGUCUUACGUGGUGUGUGACGUGGCGUACAACAACGUCAACAACUGGCUGUGGACGCCCUUCAUCGAGCGAGGACCCGCCAACCGAAUGUACAUCGAAGUGCAGUUCUCCAUGCGUGACUGCUCCCUCUUCCCCGGCACCGCCCUCUCCUGCAAGGAGACGUUCUCGCUGCUGUACUACGAGUUCGACGCCGCCACCAAAGAGCCGCCGUUCUGGGAGCCCGAGAGUUACAAGCUGAUCGACCGCAUCGCCGCAGACGAGGGCCGCUUCACCAACUCGGCCGACAUCAUCAUCAACGCCGAGAUCCGCUCCAUUCCCGUCACCAAAAAGGGCGUCUACUUCGCCUUCAGGGACCAGGGGGCCUGCAUCUCCCUCCUUGCCAUAAAGGUGUACUACAUUACCUGUCCGGAGAUAACCAAGGCCUUCACCCACUUCCCCACCACACCCACCGGCUCCGAGGUGACGAGCAUCGAGCAGGCGACGGGCAAGUGUGUCGCCCACGCCCGCGAGGAGUCCACCCCGUCCUUCCUGUGCACCGGGGACGGCCAGUGGUCCCUGCUGAACGGGGGCUGCGCCUGCCUGCCCGGCUACCAAGCCAACACCGAGAAGCAGACCUGCGAUGUGUGCCAGCCCGGGAUGUUCAAGGACAGCGUUGGAGCCGCCGAGUGCCGUGACUGCCCCGAGCACAGCGCCGCCGCCCACGCCGGAGCCUCGGAGUGCCGCUGCGACACUGGUUACUACCGCGCCCCAGAGGAUCCCCGCGAUAUGCCCUGCACACGCCCCCCCAGCAAGCCCCAGAACAUCACGGUGACCUUCAAGGACCAGUCGACGGUCGUGCUGGCGUGGCUGCCGCCGGUCAGUGAUGGCGGUCGCUCCGACACCCUCUACCGCGUGGUCUGCGACGCCUGCGGCGGCCACGUGUCCUACAACCCCCCGCAGAUGGCCGAUGAGAGCUUCAACGCCACGCAGGUGACCGUCAGCGGCCUCAACCCCGUCACCACGUACCGCUUCCAGGUGUACGCCGAGAACGGGGUGUCCAGCCAGGCCCCCGUGGCGCAGUACCUGGACAUCACCGUCACCACCGAGGCCUCAGGGUCCUUUAUGGUGAUUGGCUACGAGGCUGAGGUGCCCUCUAUGGUGAGCAAUGUGCGGGUAACAAGCGUCAAGAGCACCGAAAUCUCCCUGGCCUGGGAUGCCCCAAGUGAUCCUUACUCAGACAUAGAGAUGUAUGAGGUCCGGUAUUAUGUGAGAGACCAACACAACAACUCCUCAAGUAUUUUGACUAAAAAGGAAGAAUCAUCACUAGUUUCCUUACGACAGAGCACAGAUUAUGGCUUCCAAGUCCGAGCCAAGACCUCUCAUGGCUGGGGAAAAUACUCCCAACCAAUUUAUAAGAAGACAGGGCAGCUCCUAGGAACUGCCUAUGUAGGAGACGAAGACAACACUCAGGUGCGCAUCAUUGUUGGAGCGACAGUGGGAGCCUUUGUGGUCAUUGCCGUCAUUGUCAUCAUGACGCUCCUCUUCCUCCGCAGCAGAGGCACCGAUGAAUGCAACAAAAAACAGCCAUCAGACUGCGAUACACUAGAAUACCGCAAUGGCGAAGGACUGAUUGUCACCUUCAGUAAGUUGCACGGUGUUUUGGAAAAUCCACCUAUAGUCCAAACCCACACCACCGGAAGUAUGACAACUCCUCUCUUUACUCAAGUGGGUCACCACAGAACCUACAUUGAUCCUCACACGUAUGAAGACCCAAACCAAGCCAUCAGAGAGUUUGCCAGAGAAAUUGAUGCUUCUUACAUAACCAUUGAAGCCAUUAUUGGGGGCGGUGAGUUUGGAGAUGUCUGCAAGGGUAAACUUCAGCUUCCCAGUCGACCAGAAAUGACAGUGGCCAUAAAAACCUUAAAGCCUGGAUCAUCUGAGAAGGCUCGUGUGGAUUUUCUAACUGAGGCAUCAAUCAUGGGCCAGUUUGAACAUCCAAAUGUGAUCUUCCUGCAAGGAGUGGUUACCAAAAGCAACCCAGUCAUGAUCAUUACUGAGUACAUGGAGAAUGGCUCCCUUGAUCACUUCCUCAGGGUGAAUGAUGGCAAGUUCCAGGUUCUCCAGCUGGUGGGUAUGCUGCGUUGUAUUGCCUCAGGGAUGCAGUACCUUAGUGAGAUGAAUUAUGUUCACAGGGACCUGGCAGCACGUAAUGUACUCGUAAAUGCCCAACUUAUAUGCAAGAUUGCUGAUUUUGGUUUGUCAAGAGAAAUAGAAAGUCACACAGAAGGGGCAUACACCACAAGGGGGGGUAAAAUACCAGUUCGAUGGACUGCACCUGAAGCUAUUGCUUUCCGCAAGUUUACAAGUGCUUCUGAUGUGUGGAGUCUUGGCAUAGUAAUGUGGGAAGUCAUGAGUUAUGGAGAAAGACCUUACUGGAACUGGAGCAAUCAAGACGUCAUCAAGAGUAUUGAGAAGGGUUAUCGCUUGCCAGCCCCAAUGGAGUGCCCUGAAGCAAUUUACCAACUGAUGUUAGACUGCUGGCAGAAGGAGCGCAACCAUCGUCCAAACUUUGCCUCCAUUGUACGAACCCUUGACAGACUGAUCCGAACCCCAGAGGCACUUAACAAAGUGGCCCAAAACAGGUGUACAACAGCUCUGGGUCUGGACUCAGUGGACAUGACUCAGCUUACCUCGGUGGAGGACUGGCUUGCUUCCCUCAAAAUGAGUCGCUACGUAGACAACUUCCAGCGAACAGGCCUUACUGACUUGGAGGCUGUAGCCCGACUCACCCAGCAUGAUCUGACUCAGCUGGGGAUCACUUUAGUUGGUCAUCAGAAGAAACUCUUGCAAAGCAUACACACCUUGCGCACACAACUGGCCGUCAACAUGUCUGAGGGCUUCCUUGUAUAGUGCCGCUGCUCUAAUCAUUCCGUCACUUGGUAGUCAGGUGGGCAAAUAAAUCGGUCCAGAGUGAAUGUGAUAUCCAGUGGUGAGAAAAAUUGGACCUGAGGGCCUUUACCAUUAUAUGAAAAUGUGAUAGUGAUUGAGAGAAAGACAAAGAAAGACACAUUAAGCAGGGUAGAAUACAAAACAUUCAAUUGCUUAUCGAAAGUGUCCAUCAAGAGAUAGAUGCUUUCGUGUUCAUCACAUGAAGCUCAAGAAUACCCUGUGCUAUAUCCACUGAAGGGGAACUGUUUCGUGAGCAGAAAAUGACUGUUUAAUAUGUUGUAAGUGCCCCCAUGCUCUCAUUCAUGUGAUAAUGCCAUGGCCAUUGAUGUGUUGAACACAAAACUGUGGUGUGCAUGUGUGUGUGUUCUAGGGACAGAACAAACAGCUGUGAUCAGCUUGCAAGUUCAUGUCAUUGAGGGUUCAUAAGCUUGCCUGUCACUUCCGUGCAUUGUACACUGCUCCUAAGGUAUGACCUUAGUGUAAUUGUUGAUAUUCCAUUUGCUGCCAGACCUUAUUCAGCCAAAGUCUAGUAUUGGUGUUGUCCUUUCUACCCUUUGAUGAACUCUCAGAGACUGUUUCCCAUUUAAGCUUCUGCCAGCAUCUCACUUUCUUCUGAGGGAUUAUAAGUUGCCUGUUUGUGGUGAACUAUGUGGUGUGGUAAUACACACUAAUAAGUGAAAGACUGUUUCAGUGAGCACAGAGUAGUAAAAGAAAGAAAACCUGUGCCAGGAAACUAAGCUUCAAAAAGCAGCUUAUUAGGGGGAUUCUUUCAAUCCUUGGGAACCUGCAAUGACUUUGGAGAUGAUAAAAAAUGCCAAGAGACGAGAGAAACUCCCUCCUGACGCACAUAUCAAUCUCUUAUCCCAUCAUGUGAACAUCCGGCCAUUCCCCACUCCCUUUCCUCCCUCCCUCCUGCAGGGCCCAACUGCUGUAGUUACACUGCCUUGUUGUUACCCAAGUCAGAUAUUGCAGUGCUGGUCAAUGGGUGGGUGUAACUAUGGAAUCAAUUAGAAGCUGAAAUGCUAUUACGUGUGACUUGUUAAGAAACAUAAUACUUCAGAAGGAAAAGGUGAAGAAUCACCUAUUUUUCACCACCAUUUUAAAACCCUCUGCUUGGUUCAAAUUUAACAUAUUAUACACUCUACCAUUCACUAACACAGCAACAUUUCCUGUGACUAAUUACAUUGUCUGUGUCUGUCCAGUCAUCCCAUGGUGUCCUGCACUGUCCCAGUUUUGCACAGGUUUACUAAUUCUUUUUACAGUUUAAUCUUAUUUUUGUAACAUAUUGAGUACAAUAGAAUCUCCCGAGGUAAAACAAUCACUAAGCUUGUUAUAAGUUACACAGUAUCUUGUCAUUAUUUCAUCACACUGAGGUGAAAAGAUAUAUGUAUAAAACCCUCACCUAUAUUUUAUUUUGUGCACAGUGAAGGCAAAAUGUUUUGAUAUUGCUGUGUGUGCAACAAUUGAAACCCAGCAGAGAAUGCCAUCCAUCAUAGUAGCCUCACAAGUAUUGGAGAUAAUCAUGGCCAAUUUUUAUACUGCACAUUAUGGGUAUAAAAACUCAGAUGUUACAUUAUUUUAUAUAUAAUUCCUACACAUUUUAUAUUUCUAUUUUAAAAGAUCCAAAUGUAUAUUCAUAGCCAUGAUUGUCUCCUACAUUGUGUGAUUGAUACUGCAAAGUUUAGUUUCAUCUUUAGUAUGUUGGAGAAUAUGCUCUUUAGAGUCAUGUGCAUUCAGUCCGCCCCAAUCUCUUUUGUCAUUUGUGAAGUGUGUGUUUAACUGUUAUGUUCUUUACAUCAAAAUUUAAUCAUUCAGAUAUUUAUAGUUCAUGAUUUUUUUUCAUUUUCACUUACCAUUGAAGGAGACUGAAAAUGAAACUUAAGGAAACUGUUUUAUAGGAGUGCAUUGUUGGUCGCACACCAAGGAGGUGUACUGUCAUGGCAAGAGUUACUCAUCAGAUCUAUCAGUUUAUUGACAUUUUGUUGCCAGGUGUGGAACCACUGAAUAAUUCCAAACCAAUCCACUUCUUCAGUUGGACUGACAAGCAAAAGGUGCAGACCAAAAUGAAGGAUGGAGCUUGAGAGAGAUAGAUGAACCCUGGUGGGGAACCUUGCCCAUUAUUGGCAUGGGUAAGCCCUAAAGGUAGAUAUCACAGAGAGGAAAUUUAACAACAUAAAAAAAGUUUAUAAAUAUUACAAGGUUAACAUGUUAAUUGAAUUUGAUGAAGCCCAUUUUUUAUAUAAAAAAUCAAGUUAAAAUGUAAACACCA